UCGGGUCUGAUGACACAAGCCGCUUCACCGGAGCAGCCCUCCAUUAGAUCCCUCCGCGGGGUCACACACAUACUUUUUACACAACGCACAACAACAUACGGACCGAUUCGGAAUCGGCACCACUGAGUGACCGGAAUCCAGGCCUCGGAUGACUGAAUGCUGUAUCUGUCUGUCGUGAAGUUCGGUUCGCUGCGGUGAAGCGACCCACGGGCAUGAUUCCACGGAGCGCGUGGCGCCGGCAAACCCACGAAACCGAGGUUUUCAGUGGGAGAAGCUCGCGGUUCUGAGUGGUCGGAAAGCUGCAGACGAAGAAGAAAACCGCGUCAGAACAAAUGCCAUCAGAGGCUCACCCCCAAGAGCCUCGGGACAGAGGACCGCCCUCCCUCAUCACUCGGGCCGGACGCAAUGCCCAGCUCGCCAAGGCUGCGUACAACAGUCCUGCCCAGGAUAAGCGACCCCGCGGACGACCACGGAAGGACGGAAGCAAUGGUCGGCCUGCCCCUCCUCCAGCUCCUCCACCUCCCCCACCCCGCAGCUCAAGGAAAAAGGGAAGGAGUCGAGGCCAGGCACAGGUAGAAGAUGAAGAGAGCAUGGACGCUGCAGAGAAGGAGGAGCCUCAAAAGACAGAACCCAAGGAGGUCCGAGCAGCAGGACGAAGGCGGUCCACUUCUAGGAGAAAGUCCAACACAAACCCUGACCUGGACCCUGACCCUGAACCCAGCCAGGACCGGCUCAGUCCACCACCAGAACCAGAGCCUGUUCCUGUCUUAAAGUCCAGUCCAGAGCCGCCUUCUACUGCUGAGGAGGAAGAUCUAACCGGUCCUCCUCCCACUGCUCCACUCCCACCUCCCAGUCCUGUGGAGCACCCAGGUGUCUGCACCACGCUCCCACCUCCAGACCUUAAUUUGUCCCCCAGACCGGAUCCCAGUCCUGCUGAAGAAGAGCGGCCCGGCCUGAUAAGCAGCCCUACUGAGCAGAGUCCUGCCCCCAGCCCCCACUGCAGUCCUCCUGUGUCCCCCUGCCUAAGGCUGGACGACGAAGACGAGGACUCGCUGUCCCCAAUGUACCAGCGCUCUCUGUCAGAGGACUCUGGGGGCUCGCCCACCCCCAUUCUGGGACACGCCAAAAAGCGGCGGAAGCAGUGUGCCUUCUGUUACCGUGGUGACGAGCCUCCUCUAGGCCUGGGCCGCCUGGUAGUGUUUGGCCCGACCCCCGGUUACAUUCCACUCCACAUUCUCAACCGCCGCACCUCCUCUGACCGGGACAGCGACUGUCACGAACACUGCUUCCAUGACAACCAGGCUCCGCCCACGUGCAGCAGUCCGGAGCAGUGUGACGAGUCUUCCUCAGAGUUAAUGAAGCAGCUCGGACCUAUCGGCCUUCCACACGACAUCGACGUCCAAUCACUGUUCGACGCCACAGGUCAGUGCUGUGCUCACCUGCAGUGUGCCACCUGGUCAGAGGGGGUUCGCAAAGGGGAGGGCCAAUCUCUGCUCUUCGUGGACAAAGCCAUAGACUCAGGAAGCAUUCAGGUGUGUGCGUUCUGCCGGCAUCUCGGUGCAUCGUUGCGUUGCCAGGAAACGGGCUGUAUGCGCAGCUACCACAUGCCAUGUGCAGCUGCUGCUGGGGCGUGCCAAGACUGGAACCAGAGACGCAUACUGUGCCCGCAGCAUGCACACACAGGCUCUUCACAGUGUCGGCUAUGUGCGAGCAGCGGAGACCCCGGCGGCCUUCUGAUGUGCUCUUGCUGCGGUAGCUGUUAUCAUGGCAGCUGCCUGGACCCCUCCGUGACGCCCUCACCUCUGAGUCGGGUCGGCUGGCAAUGUCCUCAGUGCCGCAUGUGUCGCAGCUGCAGUCUGCCAGGCGACAGUGGCGGGCUCCUGUUGUGUGUGCGCUGUGAUAAAGCUUACCACGCUCACUGUCUCACGCCACCGCUGGAUGACGCCCCAUGUACUGUUUGGACCUGCAAGAACUGCAGAACCUGCCGCCGCUGUGGCGUAACAUCAUCAGGCCAGUGGGCCAACAACCCAUUCCUGUGUGAAUCAUGUGACCUGGCCCUGCCCUGCCCUCUCUGUGACCGAACACCCGAGUUCCACACACCGCAGGACUAUCUCACCUGCUCCUGCUGCUACAGGUGUGUCCAUGUUGAGUGUUCGGUCCAGGCUGGGGAGGGCAGGGCGGGGUCAGAGGGUUACAUCUGCUUUAGCUGCCAGCCUCAGGAGAACGAGGAGCCAAUACCACAAAGCCAUAGCCCAGCCCCACCCACUGAUGUUUUACAGCUCCAGCCUCCGAGUAGUACAGAUGUUCAUUCUGCUGACAGUCCUGUCCAGCCCCUCUGUUCAGAGGCUCAGAGUCCUGCCAGGAGUGUCUGUGUGCCAUCACCGCAGCGUCUUACUCCCCCUCCGCCUGCAAUGGAACCCAGUGCUGCAGCGUCUCCUGCAGAUGUUCAACAAAGUCCUUCACAAGCUCACACAGAUUCCCCAAACAGUCAACUACCACAUGCUGAAGAGAUCCAUCAGAGUCCUGCAGAAUCCCCCGCAGACGUCCAGCAGAGCCCUGAACAGUCUUCUGAGGAAGUCCAUCAGAGUCAGCCACCAUCUUCCCCAAACCACCAAAAAGAUCUUGCAUUUUGUCACAAAGAAAUUAGUCAAAGUCCAUCACUGUCUUCUGAAGAGAUUUGUCAGCAUUCAGAAACUAAUCUAAAACAUGAUUCUCUGUCGUCUUCUGAAGAAGUUCCACCGAGCCCUGUAAAAUCUUUAUUAGACUCCAAUCAAAUCCCACCAACAUCUCCAUCAGACCUUCAGAUUCCUUCAUCACCCCCUAAAGAGGUCUUCGAUGAUCUAACCUCUGAGAGCCAUCACAAGCUUAUAUUAUCAUGUGAUGAGAUCGAUCAAAGUUCUCAAGCACCUUCAGAAAACAUCUGUAGUAGUCCUCCAGCAUCUCUAGAAGAGAUUCAGCAAAGUCCUGCAGCAUCCUCCACAGACAUCCAGCAGAGCACUGAACAUUCUGCAGAGGAAAUCCAUCAGAGUCAGGCACCGUCUUCUCCAAAUCUCCAGAAAGAUCUCAGAGAAGAGAUUCAGCAAAGUCCUCCAGGACCCUCAGAAAAUGUUCCCACAAGUCCUGCAGCAUCUUUGGAGGAGAUUGAGCAAAACUCCAGCUCUUCUUUAGAAAAGGCUUAUCCAAGUCCUGGAGCACCUCUAGAGGAGAUGGUGCAAAGUCCUCCAGCAUCUUCAGAAAAGGCCCCCUCAAGUCCUGCAGCGCCUUUGGUAGAGAUUCUGCAAAACCCUGAAUCAGCAAUAGAAAAGACCCAUCAGAGUCCUGUAGCUCCUUUAGAGGAGAUGGUGCAAAGUCCUACAGUACUUUCAGAAAAUACCCAUCAGAGUUCUGUACCUCCUCUAGGAGAGAUGGUGCAAAGUCCUACAGUACCUGCAGAAAAGGUCCCUGCAAGUCCAGGAGCAUCCUCAGAAGAGAUUCAGAAAAGCCCGAAAUCACCUCCAGAAAAGACCUAUCAGAGUCCAGCAGCACUUUUAGAGGAGAUGGUGCAAAGCCCUGCAGCACCUUCUGAAAAUGUCCCCAGAACUUCUGAGCCUUGUUUGACUGAGGUUCCUCUAAUUCUUGUUCCAAGUUGUGAAGACACCUGUCAGUCUGCUGCAAAACUUUCUCUUGAUCUCCGAAAAGAUUCUGUACCACCCAGUGACUGCACUCAAGAUCUUCAAACAUCUCCUGCAUCCACAGCAUUACCUACAGAGUCUCAUGAAAGUCCUCCACAAAUUUCUGAAGUUGACAAUCAAUUGAGUGCUGCUCCAUGUCCAGAAGAAAAUCAUGGUUCUACCACUGUUUCUGAAUCUAUUCUAAAAGACAGUUGUCAGAGUCCUGGACCAUUGAGCACAAAGCUUCAACAAGGCUCUGUAUCAAGUCCUGAAGAUGCUGCUCAGAGUCAUUCAUCCAUUUCCGCAGAGGUCGAUCAAGAUCCUGAAAGACUUGUUUUUUCUGAAGGAGACCCACAGUCUCCUUCAGAACCUCAGCAAUGUUCUCGGUCUUCUGAAACCAUCCCUCAGAGUCCUGCACCAUCUUCUGUAGAAACCCACAGUGCUCCAGAGCCACACCUUGGGGUUAUCCAGGACACAGAUGACUCUUCAAGCCUCCAACAAAAUUCUGCUCCAUCUCCUAAAGAGUUUCUUUCAACUCUUGAGCCAUCUCCAAUGGGUCUGAAUCAAGGUCCAAUAAUGGGUUCUGAAGAAAAUCAACUUAGUCCUGUCUCAUCUCCCAAAGGAACCCCUCAUGGUUCUGUCAUUUCACAUGGUGAAGCAGCAGAGGUCCAUGAUGCUCCUUCAGAGAAUGUUGAUGUCAUCGACUCUGAUCAAAGAUCCUCCUCCUCUCACACAGAUCAGGAAAAAUCUUCCUCUGAAGAGCACCAGGAAAUAUCUUCCUCAUCUCCCCAUGGUCCAGAAGCUCUUGAACAAGAACCCCUACAUUCAUCUCCUUCUGACAUUCAGACCUCUGCACAUGCCCAGCAGACCCCCUCAGAGCUCAGUCCCACCCAGCCACAGGAACCCAGAGAAGGUCAGAGUCCUGUGCCGGAAACAACUAUGUCUCUUCCUGAACAGAGUCCAACUCCGCCUGGGCUGGUUUGUACUUCAGAUGUUUCUGAGACUCAGCUCAGUCCACAACCAUCCGGUGCCGGUCAGGAGGAUGAGACCCAACCCAGCAAAUCAUUUAGUCCUCCCACCCAGCUGGACUGCAGUUCACAGCCAGGACAUCUCAGUCCAGCAGAAGGGGGCGCCUCACCUCAAUGCUCCAGGCAGGAAGCAGAACCCAACCUGGACCAGCAAAACCCUGUGGAAGCCUCACCUUUUUCUGCACUGAACCGGGACCGCCCCCCAGGUUACUGCAGGCCGCAUUCUGCUCCUUGUAGCCAGUGUGCGUCUCCCUCCAUCCCAAUACCCCUCAGUCUGUCACAGCCCGCGAGCCCCGCACAGCUCCAGGCUCCAGCCGCCUCAGACCUGGGCUUGAACCCACACCACCAAACACUGGAAGAAAACCCCGCCUCCUUUAGCUCCACCUCUGCCUUGCCCAUUGGUCCCCAUGUUGAGACUAGCCCCCCCGUCCCUUUUGUCCAAACACCAGAAAGCCUUGAACACAUCAGCACUUCACAGGAACACAGUAGCCUAACUUUCCUCCCUUCUGGGGAGGGAACCAAGGGGAGUCCCUCCCCAUUGAACUCUGCUGGUCACAGUCCGUGUGGCGGUCCCUCCCCGUGUGCAGAUGCCAUCGAACCAGCAAGUGUCAGUCCCUCCCAGCUGACGCUUGCCGAAAGCUCUGCUGCCUGUCAGUCCCAGAGCCCCCCCAAUGUUAUUUCUGUAGCUAUUGAGAUUUGCCCUCCAGCACAACCAACCAGCCCCAUGGCUGAGACCUGCUCAGUAGAACCACUACUAGCCUGGGAUCCGGAGCACGAGAAGCUACAGCAGGCUGAAGCUGAUCCCAGAAGCCCCGAGAAUCCACCCCGCCCAGAAACCCCCUCGGCUCCCCCCACAGAUGUUUGUUCUCCUGCAGAGAUGGACCCACCACCACCAGCCUCCUCCAGUUCCCCACACCUUACCCCGACCGUCCCCCAGGACCAGGAGGACCAGGACAGUCCCUGCCCUGCAGCUGCCAGUCAAAGUCCACCAAGGUCUCCUGGUAAUGGAGUUGGUCUCAUUCCCUCAGACCUCAUGCAGAAAGACAGCAGUCCUGAUUGGACAGCUCCCAGCAUGCCUCAAGCUGCAGGUUCUGAAAGCCCAUCAAGCAGCCCCCGUCAUGUGGAACAUGGUGCUAUAGCCAGUGCCAGCCUUACUGAAGCACAUCUUAGCCCCUCUCCCGUCUCACAUUUGGACCAUCCGGCCAGUUCAGCAAGCCCCAUAAUUCCCAGUGCAGCUCAGCUGGACCCAGAAUGUGUUCCACAAAGGACUCGGACACCUGUUAACACCCCUCCUUUCAGUCCGGAUCAAGAUGCUCCGGAAUGUCAAUUGGUCAUCUCUCAACCAGGAUCAGCUCUGUCAGAUGAUUCCCCUCAAGUCGCUAGCCCAGGCCAGACUGGUCCUGCUCAGGAUAACACUGUGAUGCCUUGCACUACCCUCAGCGGUGAAGCUUCUGCUACUCGCCUAAGCCCCACCCACAUAGAGGCGAGCCCUCCUCAAGUGGCUGCCCCAUUGCCUCCACAAGCUCAAUGCAGCCCUUCACACCGAAGUCCAGUUGCAAGUCCUGCUUGUGACCUAGCAGCUUCUGAAGCGGAGGGUCCAGGUCCUGGAAACUCUGAGGUUAUUCCUGAAACCAGUCCUGAUCUGGGUCUCACUAGCGCUGUACAGGUGGAGUCUGGUCCUGGAAGCCUCCAGUCAGCAGUUGCAGAUGUCAACAUGGAGGAAGAGCAGAGGUCCUCUAAGGACGAGGAAGACCACCAUUAUACAGCUCAGGCGAGUCCAGAAGAAGACCAGGGGGGAGUUGAAGCAGAGGAGGUGCAGAGUCUUCUCAGAACUGUUCAAGUGUGUUCUCGUUCAGAGAGCCUGAUUCCCGAGGACCAACCGAUUGAUGCCCCCCUCCCCUGCUCGCCGGCUUCUUUUUCAACCCCUGCUGCAUGCUCCGCCCUUUCACCACAGUCCCCUCCUUCAUCUACCCUUCCAGACGAGGAUGACCCAAUGACCCAGAUUCCCUGUGUGGAAAACCACACCAAGGUUGAGGGGAGCACGCCUGUCAGCCAAUCACAAAGCCCAACAGAGUUUGUGACAGAACCCACCAAAGAUGGGGACCAAUCACAUGCUGAACCCUCACAGAAAGAGGAGGAGCUUCAAGCAGAUGGCUGCCUGGGUAGGGAGGAACAGACAAUGAAUGAAAAGCUAGAGGACGAGGAGGCAAAAGCCCUCCAAUCAGAUGCAGAGGAAGAGGAGAGGCCGGUUAGCCCUGUGUUGGACCUAGGGUCUUCUUUAGACAUGGAGGUGAUGGAGCUGAUGACAUCCUCUCCUCCGCCCUCCCUCCUGAACCUGUCCUCCCCUAACUCCCUGGCGCCUUCUCGCAGGGGAAAAGGUCGGAUUCUGAGGCCUCCCCCUUGCUCCUCCAGGCCCUCAGACGAUCUCUCCAUACGACUUAGACAGUCCCCCUUCUCCACCGAGGCCUCCCCAGAAACCUCCCCAGCCCGAACCCCCGUCACCCCGCCUCCACUCACCCCACCCUCGCCUCCUCUGAUGUGCAGAGAUUCUCCUCCACUGUUUGAAUCUCAGGCCCCUCCCACAGUGCUCCCCUUCACCCCAAAGAUCGGCAUGGGGAAACCGGCCAUCUCCAAGAGGAAGUUCUCCUCUGGAAGAGCUCGAGUCAAGCAGGGUUUGUGGUGGAGCAGUCGCAGAGCACUGAGCCCCCCCUCGUCCUCUCAGGACUCCAUGGGGGAGGCAGGGUGGGAGAGCUCCAAGCAAAGUCUGCUGGACUCCCCCCUCUGGAGCACAACCGUGGGUCGUGGUUCAGGGUUCCCUGGCAGAAGGAGGUCCAGAGGAGGUGGUGUUGGAGGAGGAAGAGGAGGGAGAGGAAGAAGCCGACUGAGGAGUCUGGACAGUCUAGCUGUGACAACAGGGACUGUCUUUGUGGAGCCUUUCCAGGCCAAGGAGGAAGAGGAGAAUUCAAUGCACAACACGGUGGUGAUGUUCUCCACCUCAGAUCACUUCACCCUCAAACAGGACAUGUGUGUGGUGUGUGGGAGCUUUGGUCAGGGAGCUGAGGGCCGCCUGCUGGCCUGUUCUCAGUGUGGACAGUGUUACCAUCCUUACUGCGUCAACAUCAAGAUUACUCGGGUGAUCCUAACCAAAGGAUGGCGCUGUCUGGAGUGUACUGUGUGCGAGGCUUGUGGUGACGCCAGCGACCCCGGCCGUCUGCUGCUCUGUGAUGACUGUGACAUCAGCUACCACACCUACUGCCUGGACCCGCCCCUCCACACUGUGCCAAAGGGAGCGUGGAAGUGCAAGUGGUGUGUGUGGUGCGUUCAGUGUGGCUCCACCUCUCCCGGCGUGCACUCUGACUGGCAGAGAAACUAUAGUCUGUGCGGGCCGUGCUGCAGUCUGAGCCGCUGCCCCGCAUGCCAGCACACAUAUGCUGAGGAUGACCUCAUCCUGCAGUGCCAGCAGUGCGACAGGUGGGUCCAUGCCACGUGUCAGGGACUGUCCACAGAAGACCAGGUGGAGGUGGCUGCAGACGAAGGCUUUGACUGCUCACUGUGCAAAGCGCAUGAACGCGGCACCUACGGAAGGGCAGAAACUCUGGGUCCUCACCUGCCUCACAUCAUGUCCAAAACCAGAGAACCAGACACGAAGAUCUACACUCAGGACGGCGUGUGCCUCACUGAGUCAGGGCUCUCUCAGCUUCAGUCUCUAGUUGAACCUCUGAGCUCUCCACGUAGAUAUCGCAGCAAGUGUAAACCCAAACUGAAGCUGAGGAUCACCAACCAGAACAGCGUGUUUGUCCUGCAGACUCCAGUGCACGCAGACCUGUCCCUGGAGCAGGAGCACAGCAGAGGUCAGCAGGGCGAGUUGGACUGUGACAUGAAGUCUGACUCGAGCCCUGAGCGGGACCGCGCUCUUGAUGAUGAUGUCACCAAGGAUUCAGAGCUCUGUGACAACAGCAAAAAGAGGAAGAGGAAGCCCUACAGGCCUGGGAUCGGGGGCUUCAUGGUCCGUCAGCGGGGGGGUAAGGCCGGUCCGAGCAGAAUCAAACUGUGUAGAAAAGAUUCCAUGGAGGGUGAAGGAUUGUUGGAUGCUGAUGUUGCCAUGGAAACGGCUCCCUGCGCUGGCCCCGUGAUGGAUAAAGUGAAAAGGAGGUAUCGGAAGAAGAAGGGGAAGCUGGAGGAAGCCUUCCCAUCUUACCUCCAGGAGGCCUUCUUUGGGCGUGACCUUCUGGACCGCAGUCGACAGUUGGAUAAGGGAGUGGGGGUAGAAACGCAAAGAAGCCUCCAGACAGGAGUCGCGAUGGGUCACACAAAGGUUCCUGUUAACGGGUCACAGGGCCUCCACACUGGACUCUCUGCCAGCGCCAUGACAGCUAACAGGAAGCAGGGAACACUGCCCAUUUCUGAGGAAGCUCUCGUGGAUCUGUCUGACGUCCUCAACACGGACCCUCACAUCCUGGCCACGGGACACGCAGGUCAGUUCCAGGUGGAGCGCUCCCCAUCUCCGUUUGCCGGCCUUGACAUCAGCUCCAUGAGCGACAACCCCUCCCUGACCUCUGACCCUGCUGGAGGUUGUAGCCGAGGUCUGAAGGCUGCGCAGGAGGAGCCUCUGGAUGCUAUCUUGAGCCCUGAACUUGACAAGAUGGUGUCAGAUGGCGCCAUUCUCAGUCGACUCUACAAGAUUCCAGAGCUGGAGGGUAAGGACGUGGAGGAAGUCUUCACAGCUGUUCUGAGUCCAGGCAGCAGGAGCAGCCAGCCGGAUCCCAACCAGCACACACACGCCUCUGCAGGGAGCAAGCUGAACACACAGGCUGCAGCGUUUCCUCGUCUGCCUCUCAUGAACGGGCUCAUGGAAUCCGCUCCUCGAUUUCCCAUGAUCCCCGGUGGGCCUCAGGGAGAGGCUGGCUUCAGGAUGGCUCAUCCAGAGGGCCCUGGCUCCACUCCUGUGCAGGGCGCCGCCCCAGCGGCAGCUUCAGCCAAUCAGGCAGCAGAGUGUGAACAGGACGGGCUGUCCACAGCUCAGAGGGGCAUGUUGAAGUGGGAGAAAGAAGAAAGCCUGGGAGAGCUGGCAACCGUCGCCCCGGUGCUCUACUGCAAUACCAACUUCCCCCAUCUGAAAGAGCAGUACCCAGACUGGCCCACCAGAGUGAAGCAGAUUGCUAAGCUGUGGAGGAAGGCCAGCUCUCAGGACAGAGCGCCCUUCGUGCAAAAAGCUCGGGACAACCGUGCAGCGCAGCGCAUCAACAAGGUGCAGAUGUCCAACGACCCACUGAAACACCUGCAGCCCUCGCAGCAGCAGCAGCCGCAGCCGCAACCACCGGGGGCCUUUGACCCCGUUUCCAUGGAGCUGGACAUGAGCUUUAAGGACCCUCUAAGGCCCAGAGAGUCGGAGCAGGAGCAGGAGUGGAAGAUGAGACAGCAAAUGCGUCAGAAGAGCAAACAGCUGGCGAAGAUGGAGGCGACGCAGAAGCUGGAGCAGGUGAAGAACGAGCAGCGGCAGCAGCAGCUCCUCAGCGGCCAGCGGCGCCCCGACUGUCUGUCUCCAGAGUCCGGCGGCCUUUUGGACCACACCCACCAGUCUGGUUCUGGGGACAGCACCUCCUCCCUUCAUUUGCCACCAGGGGGCAGGCAGCACCCUAGCAUCCAGGGGGGGUCUGCUCCGGCAGACGACGUCUUCCUCCGUCCACAAGCCCCACCUCCGUCGGGUCUGUCCUCUCUCCCUCAUUCACCGCACGCGUCCUCUCCUCUUCAUCAGCCCCCCUCCUCCCCUCAGAUGUUCUCCCCGCCAUCCUCACGCCCCUCCUCGCCUUGGGAUCCCUAUAGUAAAGUUCCAGGGACUCCUCGUCCCCCCCAGCUCCAGCAACGGGGGAAUUCCCUCACCUCCUCCCCAUCCCAUGACUCCAUGAGCUCUCCUAUCCCGUCCCCUGACUCCAAAGAUGCCCCCCGGGUCCCUGGCCCCCAGCAAGGUCUGCAGCAGAGCAGGUCGGGUAUGUUGAGUCCCUCCUCCGGGAUCAGAACCUCGGACUCCCACCAGAGGACCAACACACGGGGGGAUGUCUUCAAAGCCCCCAUGCCCCCCCAGCUGCAGCUUCAGCAGGAGGUGUUAGGCAGCCCAGCAGGAGGAAGGAGGGACCCUUCCCGACCUGCAGAUCUGGGUUACUCUCUGGCACAGCCCCAGCAGGACCUCUCCUUCCCCUCCAGCCCCCUCUCAGGACUGGGUUCCCCCCACCGUAGCCCAUAUUCUCAGGCGCCUGGAACCCCCCGCCCGGACUGCAGCGAGCACUUCUCCCAGCAGUCUCCUCUAAGUUCCCGGCCGUCCCCAGAUCCCUACAGCAACCCCCAGACCCCUGGGACACCACGUUCUCACUCUGACUCCGCCUACCUCAGCACCCCCCCUGCACUAAGACUGGACCACUAUAACCAGCAGCCGGCCCCUCAACGUCCGUCUCCCUCACACCCACCUCUUGAACCCUACGCCUCCAACCCUGGGACCCCCCGCCCUUCAGACCGCUUUCCCCGCUCCCCAGGAAACCAGCGCAGCUCUGACCCCUACUGCCAGCCUGUGGGGACGCCGCGCCCCCCCACCGAACCGUACGCACAGCAGCCCUCCACACCUUCCCACAAGAGCCACGAGUCCUUCAGCCAGACUGCAGGGGAGAGCUUUCCUCCCCAGCCUGGAGCCUGCGGUACCUCCCCCCUGACUCUUGGACUGUCUACAGAGCCAGGGGCAUUCACACCGACCCCCCACCAGCGGUCUCCUGGAAAACAGCCGGACUCCUUUCCCAGGACCCCAAAGCACCCGGGCACCCCCGAGGAGGCCACCUUAAACCCCGGUCAGGACGCCUUUGAGCAGGGUCACAUGACUAGAAACUCCUCCCAGACUGAGCCAAAAACAGCCAAUAUGAUGUCAGCAGCUCCAUCUUUAGACGGGUCAAUCAACAUGCUGGCAGACUCUGAGGAGAAACUCCGACAGCGUCAGCGGCUCCGCCAGCUUCUCUUGUGGCAGCAACAGCAGAAGAACGCCCUGCGACAGGAGAAAGCUCUGCAGGAACCCGGUGCUCCUCAUGGCUGGAGUCAGGAGAACUCCUCCAGCGCUACUCCAGCAGCUGUGUUUGGCCGCCCCCCGCCCCCCUACCCUGGCACGGUGAGGCCAUGUGGGCCUCCGCCCGCCAGGUUCCCCGCUCGUUUUCCAGGGGACCAACAGAGUGGGUUCACCUCAUUGGAGGAUCCGUUCCCCAGGCAGAGCAUGCCCAGAGAGCUGGCUGUUAGACCACCAGAUGUGAGAUUUGGAGCUUUAGCAGGCGUUCAGGAGUCCAUACUGCAUCACCCCCAGGGACAGGUGGAAGGGCAUCCUGUCCAGAUGAGGAGGCCCACGGACUUCAGCAACAUUCACCCCAUGAUGGGCGCCAACAUGAUGCCAGGACUUCCCCAGCCUUUCAUCCCUCGCCCCCACCCGGUCCAGCAGCACAACAUGCCCUACAUUGAACUUCGACACCGCGCUCCAGAGAGCCGCCUGAGGCUGCCCUUUCCUCUCUCCGCCACUCCGGACCCCAAGGGCCCGCUCCCUCACCCUAGAGACCCCCACCCUGCCGUGAUCCGAGCUGGUCAUGGUCCAUUCCGGGUGGGGGACGCCGUGCUUAGCCAGCAGAUGGUGUUGAGCGGAGGAGGAAUGGAGCAGCUGAGCCAGCAGCACCUGGCUCCCUCUGCGGCUCUUGCUCAGAGUGGGGAGUCGGCGCUCCCUGGUCCUGAUGGGAUCGAGCACCUGGAUGGGGAGGACUCUGCUGUAAAGGACUUGGAGGAUGUGGAAGUGAAAGAUCUGGUUGACUUGAACCUGAACCUGGACCCUGAGGAUGGUAAAGAAGACCUGGACCUGGGGCCGAACGACCUCCACCUGGAUGACUUCCUGCUGUCAGGGAAGUUUGACCUGAUUGCCUAUGCUAUGGACAUGGUUAAUGAGGAGCUGGACCUGGGGGAGCAGGUGGAGGAGAAGGAGGGGCGAGAAAGGAGAGACGGCAGCGGCACCUCCAAGAGAACUGAAGGCCACGCCCACCUGCCAGAGCAGGUCAAACAGGAAGGGGAGGGGCCUAUGAAGACAGAAGGUGGCAGCGUCCUCUCAGCAGCUCAGCUUUCAUCAAAACAUCUGCGGGUUCCGGCUCCCCCUGGAGGGGAAGGAGCAGAGUCAACCGGCCUCACUGGGGUUGUCGAUAAGGACAAGCUUGCAGGUCCAGGCCUCCAGCCCCGAGAUCAGCCUCCACCCACAGGCAUGGCCAGAGCCCCCCUCCCUGCAGGUCAUCCACCUGUCUUUCAGCAGCAGAGACCCUUCACGCCCUCCCCCCACCCACAUACCAAUCUGGGUCCUCACACAGGCACCCCUGGACCCGCCCACCCCCUGCCUGUUCAGCCCCACGUCUUACCGACACCCCAGAGCCAGCCCGUGUCCUCCCCCCAGACCCAAACGCAGUCCCAGCAGUCCCAGAACAAAGCCAGGCCUCUGCUCCUGGAGGAGCAGCCGCUUCUCCUGCAGGACCUGCUGGACCAGGAGCGCCAGGAGCAACAGCAGCAAAAGCAGAUGCAGGCUCUGAUCAGACAGAAGCCUGCCUCCGAGUCUGUGCUCCCCAACACGGCAGACUUUGACUCCAUCUCAGACCCCAUCAUGAAGGCUAAGAUGCUGGCUCUGCAGGGCAUCAACAAGGUCAUGAGUCAGGGGAGCCUGGGCCUCAACCCCAUGGUCAUCAACAGGUUCCAGCAGGCUCCAGUGGCCCCGGGCCCUGAGGGGCCUCCUCAGCCCCCUCCAGUGGUUCCACAGGAUGGAAAGCUAAACCCCCAACUGGUGCGACGGAACCCCCCCAGUUCUGGCUCAGGCUUCGUCAACGAGUCUCAGCGCCGUCAAUAUGAGGAAUGGCUCGGGGAGACCCAGCAGCUCCUGCAGAUGCAGCAGCGCCUCCUGGAGGACCAGAUCGCCUCCCACCGCAAAGCCAAGAAGGCUCUGUCCGCAAAGCAGAGGACCGCCAAAAAGGCAGGACGAGCUUUUGCUGAAGAGGAUGCCGCACAGCUGCACUACAUCAGCGAGCAGCAGGGGGUGGUGCAGAAGCAGCUGGAGCAGAUCCGGAAGCAGCAGAAGGACCACACAGAACUGAUCGAGGACUACAAGACCAAGCAGCAGAGACCGCUGCAGCUGCCCGGAGCCCCUCAGAAAACACUCCCCCAGCCUUUAGUACCAAUACCACCUCUCCAGGGGGGCGCCACACAGCCCCGCCUUCCAAAUGCCCCACCCGGAUGGAACCCGGGGGCGGGCCCUCCGAGGCCAGUGGGACAGAGGAUGCCGCUCCUCCUACCCCCUCAGAUGCCACCGAGGCUGCCUAAUAACCCACAGACAGCCCCAACCAUGGUCCCUCCUCUGACGGCCCCCACAGCAGCUUUCACUGCAGGCCCUCGAGGUCCUGCUGGAGGACUGGCUGGAACCACAGCGGAUGGAGCUGCACCCACACCUCAUGUAAAGUUUGACGACAACAACCCUUUCAGCGAGGGGUUCCAGGAGCGAGAAAGGAGGGAGCGCCUGAGAGAGCAACAGGAGCGACAGAGGGUCCAGCUGAUGCAGGAGGUGGAACGACACCGCGCCUUGCAGAAAAAGCUGGAGCAGCAGGACUUGGUGGAGCCCUCUGGAGCUAAAGGAGUACCCUCCACCCCGAGUGGGGACGCUCUGACCCACCUCACCUUCCUCAACUCUGAGCCUGGACUGGACCUGCUGCAGUCCUCGUCUUCAUCGUCCAGAACAGCACUGCAGCAUCAGGGCCAGGCGGGGGCGCCGUUCCCCCCACGGACAGGCCUGCAGCAGGGCUUCACAGGGGAGCGGCUUCAUCCUGGACCUCACUCCGCAGCAGACCUGAUUUCUGGGCAGACGCCUGAGGGGUGCAGGGACGUGGCUUCGUCCCUCCAGAACAGACAGAGGCUCACGGGCCUUCCUGGAGCCACGGCGGCGAGCCAGCGCCUCACUGCAGCCGCACCAAUGACCCCCUCUCACCCCCAGAGUCACCACUUUGAACACGACUCGUCCUCUUCCUCCCCCUUGAACCCACUGCCUUCAUCCUUCCCGUGCUCGGCUGGAAGCCCCGCCUCCCUGCUGCAGAUGUACUCUGACAUCACCACUGAAGACAAGCCAAAGAAAAGGAACAGGAAGAAGGAGGGAGAAGAGGCAGCAGGAGCCAAAACACCUCUGUCACCGCACUCAGACAUCACUGCCCCGCCCACACCCGCCUUCUCCGACACAUCUUCCUCCACUCCCACCCACCAAUCAGAGGCCGUGUUCCCUCCAAGCUUCGCUGGUCUGGCUCCGUCAUACGAGCUGGAGCGGCAGCUGUCGGCGAGCAGCGUGGCCCAGAAGAGAGCUUCUGUCACGGGCAUGGACGGCCACAGAGGCGGUCUGUCUGCAGCUCUCCUGGAGGUCAAGCAGGAGGAGUGCAUGGAGAUGAGGACGUGUGGAGGAGGAGUGGUGAAGAUGGAGGAGGGCGGAGAUGGAUUCUCUUCCUCUCUUCAGGGAGGAGACCGAGGAAAGGAGCUGCUCCGACACCUCCUGAAGGAGAAGGCAUCGCCUGCCAGCACGCCAUCGCCUACCAGGCACGCUCCGCCCCCUGCCUGCCGCCAGCUGUCCAAUGACAGCCUGCGCUCUGAAGAGGAGGAGGGGCCUGGCUCCAUGGUGUCGAGGGACAGUUCUGGUGCAGACCUGCUGAAGAAGAAGACCUGCAGGAGGCCGGCCCGACCUGACAAAGACAGAGCCCCCACCAAGAACAAGAGAAGAAAAAAGGAAGAGGAGGAGAAGGGUCUGCACUCGUCUUCUGACCCUCUUAUGACACACCUCAGACAGCUGUCGAUGCUGCCCCUCAUGGAGCCGGUCCUGAGGGUGGAUCUGAGCCUGUUCCCCCCCUACGGCAGCUCCUCUCUGGGCAAAGACUCCAGGCUGAGCGGCUCCUUUGGUAACGCCUGCCUGGACGGAGUCACAGACUUUUACUCCCAGCUUAUAUACAAGCAGAAUAACCUGAGUAAUCCCCCCACGCCUCCAGCCUCUCUGCCCCCCACCCCUCCGCCGGUGGUCAGACAGAAAAUGGUCAACGGCUUUGCCACCACAGACGAGUUAUCGAGGAAAGACGUGAGCGAGCAGGAAGGUAAAGGAGCUCUGAAGCAGAAAGGGGAGGGGCUUCUAGGAAUAAACCCCCCUUCCAAGACGGUGGAUGUCCCAGCGUCCCUCCCGACCCCGCCGCACAACAACCAGGAGGAGCUCCGGGUCCAGGACUCCUCUGGGCGCAACAGUCCGGAGGGUUUUGUGCCGUCCUCGUCCCCAGAGAGUGUGGCAGACAUGGAGGUGAGCAGGUAUCCUGACCUGUCCUUCAUCAAGCUGGAGCCCCCCUCACCCUGUCCAUCGCCUACAUUACCCAUCACACCGUGUGCUGGGGGCAAAGGCUCUGCAAUCAAGCAGGAGGUUAAGGUGGAGCCAAACCAUCAAGCUCCACUUCCCUGCUCCAACACAGACCUCGUCACCAUAGCGAUAACUCUCAACCCCGUUGCAGCUCAGAACGUUCAGGGUGUGAUGGCGGCGGUGGCGGAGCUGCUGCGGGUCCCCGUGCCCGGCAACUUCCAGCUGAGCCGGCCUGCCGGCCCCGAGCAGAGCUCUCUGGCCUUACUAGCCGGGGUGCGUGUGCCGCUCCCUCAGGGGGCAGUGGGCUGCAGGCCGCAGAGACCUGCAGCAGGAAGUCGACCGCAGUGCUGCAGUCACUGCAAGGCGGUGCUGGGAAGCAGAGUUCAUGUGGUCCAGGAGCUCAAACAGGACGGCCCCUCCAAACCCGGAUCCAGUUUGAUGUUCUGCAGUCCAAACUGUUCUGCUCUGUACUCCUCUAACCUGCAGUCUCGCCCUGCAGGCAGCAAGCCCGAAGUGCCUGAGCUGCUGUCUGGGACUGACCACACCCCUUCCAGCAGAGUACAGCACCAGUACACCAACAACAUGUCAUCCAUCGCCGUCCACUCCCUUCCCCACAGCUUUUCUUUCCCCGCCUCCUCCUCCUCCUCCUCCUCCCCACCUCCUUCCUUCCCUCCUGCAUCUGCCAUCACUAUGGAGACGCAACCUCGCACGGAUAGCCUCAAGGUGAAGGUGAAGUUGAAGCCCCACCCCCGGGCGCUUCCACCUGGUGAGGACUCGCCGCCAUGUCGACAUGGAAAGAAGAUGAAAACUUGCCGCUGGAGGCGCUGGAGCGUUAGCAUCACCUUCAGCAGGGGUCCUUGUGCUCCCAACGAGGAGGUCGCCAUGCCAACAGAGGAGGAGGUGGAUGUGUUGCUGAAGAAGCUGGGCACAUGUCUGCGUCCUGACUCUUUACCCAAAGACCUGCGGCGCUGCUGCUUCUGCCACCAGCAGGGGGACGGACUGACAGACGGCCCAGCCAGACUGCUCAACCUGGACCUGGACCUGUGGGCGCACUUGAACUGCGCUCUGUGGUCCAGCGAGGUGUAUGAGACUCAAGCCGGCGCCCUCAUCAACGUGGAGCUGGCUCUCCGGCGCGGCCUGACGCUACGCUGCGCUUUCUGUCAGAAAACCGGGGCCACCAGCGGCUGCAACCGCCUGCGCUGCACCAACACCUACCACUUCACCUGUGCCCUGCAGGCCCACUGCACCUUCUUUAAGGACAAGACCAUGCUGUGCCCACUCCACAAGCCCAGGAUGGUUUCUCUCAGUGGAGACAGGUCGUCCAGCUGCUCCCCCUCCUCCACGCCGGGGGUCAUCUCUGACCCCAUGGUGCUGUCUGACCCUUACGACUCGGAGCUGCGCUGCUUCUCCGUGUUUCGCCGUGUGUUUGUGCAGCGGGACGAGGCACGGCAGAUCGCCGCCAUCGUGCAGCGCGGCGAGCGGCAGCACACCUUUCGCGUGGGCAGCCUGCUGUUCUGCACUGUAGGCAGGCUCCUCCCACACCAAAUGACCACCUUCCAUAAUGAGACCGCCAUCUUCCCUGUGGGUUACCAUGCCAACCGCCUCUACUGGAGCAUGCGCAACAACAACAGACGCUGCAAGUACAUGUGCCACAUCGAGGAGGUCGGAGGUCAGCCGCUCUUCAAAGUCAAGGUGGUGGAGAAGGGCUACGAAGACCUGGUUCUGACUGGAUCUACGCCCAAAGCUGUGUGGGAUCAGAUUCUGGAGCCGGUGGCUCAGAUGAGGACCUCCAGCGGGACUCUGAAGCUGUUCCCAGCUUACCUGAAGGGAGAAGAUCUGUUCGGCCUGACCACGUCUGCAGUGAGCAGGAUCAUCGAGUCUCUCCCCGGCGUGGAGGCCUGCGAGCGCUACACCUUCCGGUACGGCAGGAACCCCCUAAUGGAGUGGCCUCUGGCCUUCAAUCCAUCAGGCUCUGCUCGUUCUGAGCCCAAGCCUUGCCAGGCCAAGAGGCCCUACCUGCUGACCAGCGUCGCUCCCAGGUGUCAGGGCUCGGUGGGCGCCAUCGUGGGCGCCGUUCCCGGAGUCAUCUCUCUCUCGCCAGGCGAGUCGGUGGCCGCCGCCCAUCAGGGCCGCCACUCCAAGUCGGCCCAGUACCGGCGCAUGAAGGCCGAGUGGAAGACCAACGUGUACCUGGCCCGGUCACGCAUCCAGGGGCUCGGGCUGUACGCCGCCAGAGACAUCGAGAAAUGCACCAUGGUCAUCGAGUACAUCGGCGCCAUCAUCAGGAGCGAGGUGGCGAAUCGUAAAGAGAGGCUCUAUGAGUCUCAGAACCGAGGAGUCUACAUGUUCCGGAUCGACAAUGACUACGUGAUCGAUGCCACCAUCACAGGAGGGCCCGCCAGGUACAUCAACCACUCCUGCGCUCCCAACUGCAUCACAGAGGUGGUGAAUGUGGAGAAGGAGAACAAGAUCAUCAUCAGCUCCUGCAGACGCAUCCAGAGAGGAGAGGAGCUUUCCUACGACUACAAGUUUGACCUGGAGGACGACCAGCACAAGAUCCCAUGUCACUGUGGAGCAGUGAACUGCCGCAAGUGGAUGAACUGAACACACACAAUCACACACACACACAGGCAGCUCUCUCAGCUCCCUCCUUGGUGGGCGGAGCUUUUAUCAGAUUAUCAAUCAAUAAUAAUACUAUAGCUGGUCUGUUUGAUCAGAGAUGUUAAUAAUAUUAAUAAUAGUGGGUUCAGUGACAGAUGGGGGUGGAUUAUAUGUAUUGUGGGCGGGGCAUGGACAAAGGGGGCGGUGCUUAAGAAGAGGCUGGUCCUCUCUGUAAAUGGUGUAAAUGUGAGUCUGAACUACGAAGCAGAAUGUCGUCCUUUAACUUGCACUAAAACAAAACGACAAAAACACAAACAUACUUGAUUCCACAAGUCGCUCCUCCUCCUGCUCCUCCUCCUCCUCCAUGCGUUUGUUAAUUUCCUGUAAAAUAAGAGAUUUUGUUUUUGUAUUUAUUACUGAAUGAAGCUAUUUUCUAAUCCCGAGGUGUGUUUAAGGCCCAGAGUGGCAGCAUGUAAAUAUCUGUACCAUAAAGUUUAGACAUCACUCUGCUAAGAGCCACGCCUUCAUCCUCGCCUCAACCCAGGGUGCGCUGUGAUUGGACAGGCGCGACCACGCCCCUCAUCUGCCUUUGAUGGGUUUUUUUCUCCCAGCGUUUGGGCUGCAGGCGGUGCAGAGGCCUGCCGCCCGCCGUGUACAUACGAGGAUUUGACGUGUACAGACACAACAUGAAGCCUUGUUUUUGUUUAAUUAAUGGAUGUAAACAAAGUGAUGUUUUUCUUUUGUUUUUGGGGAAAUAUGGUGAAUCUGAUUUAGAGUCAUUUACAGAAAAUAAAAUAUUUUACAUCUGAA